GCUACGCGGCCCCACUUCCGGUCCGUCCCGCGCCUGGGCCCCGACGCGCCCGGAUUCCGCUUUCUGGCCGGGCGGCGGCGGCGGAGCUUCUGGUACGCGGCGUCCAGGCCCGGGCCCGCCGGCUUCCGCCCGGGCGCAGUGGCUCCGGCCGCGAUGAGCUUGGUUGUGAGGAACCUGCAGCGGGCGGUGCCCCUGAGGCGGGCGCGGCUCCGCGAGAAGGUGCAGGCGGUGCGGAGAGCCCUGGGGGUGCAGAGGUUCGACCUGGGGGUCGUCUGUGUCGACAACAGAAAGAUUCAGCAGAUUAAUAGAAUCUACAGAGACAAAAAUACCCCAACAGAUGUGCUUUCCUUUCCAUUUUACGAGAACCUGAAAGCAGGGGACAUUCCGCAGCCUGAGUUUCCAGACGACUAUAAUUUAGGAGACAUCUUCCUGGGAGUGGAGUAUAUCUUCCAGCACUGCAAAGAGAAUGAAGAUUACUAUGACAUCCUGACUGUGACUGCCACCCACGGGCUCUGUCACCUGCUGGGCUUCACACACAGCACGGAGGCCGAGUGGCAGAAGAUGUACCAGAAGGAGAAGCAGGUUCUCGAGGAGCUGAGCAGGUACACAGGGACCAGGCUUCAGCCCCUGAGCAGGGACCUCUUCUGACCGAAGUGCUGCCGUGUGGAGGGAAAGUGGAUCCCCCCCGCCCCGGGCCCCCGGGGUCAGGGCUCCCCGCGCGGAGGUCCCUGCUGGCCACUGCUGUCCUGUGGGGCUGCACAAGUGCCAGCCCUAGCAGGCGCUGAAUUCCACGAGUGGAAUUUGCCUCUUAAAACACGAGAGAAGGGCUUCCCUGGUGGCGCAGUGGUUGAGAGUCCGCCUGCCGAUGCAGGGGACACGGGUUCGUGCCCCGGUCUGGGAGGAUCCCACAUGCCGCGGAGCGGCUGGGCCCAUGAGCCAUGGCCGCUGGGCCUGCGUGUCCGGAGGCUGCGCUCCGCAACGGGAGAGCCCACGGCAGUGAGAGGCCCGCGUACCACAAAAAACAAAAACAAAAACAAAAAACAUGAGAGAAAUUUCCACUCAUUUCUUUGUUCAGGACACAGUAGGUGUGUUAUUUUCAGUGUUGUAAAUAAAAUAGUUCCAAGUGCUCAGGAUGCAGAGGUGGGGCGUGUCGGCCGCCUCCUCCCUGGGGCUCUGCCUUUGACAAAGAGGCAUCUCCCACGUCUGUAUCCCUUCAGGACAAAUCAAGCAGCCCAGGUGGGCCUGCCCCCACUUCCUGUUGGAAUCCUGCUGGAUUCGGUCCCAUCCAGUUCUCAGGAGCGCUGGGGCCUGGAGCCUUUGCUUGGUGCCUCUGCAAGGUGAGGGACAAGGCUGACCCUCGAGGUGGCUGCAGGGCCAGGCCUACCCACCGCAGGGCACCCUCAGCACGCCUCCUGCCAUCACCCACCCCUACCCAUCGGUCGCGGUCAGGCAGUUGCUCACAGACUGUGCUUGAGUCCUUUGCCGUGGCCCCGGCAUGGCAGAGCUCCGACUGCCAUGUCCCAUCCUCCUGUAGGAAAGCCUCCCUCCUGUCAGUAUAUCCUGCCGUGUGAAUAUGAAAAUAAA